UAUCUUAUCAGGCCACAAAAGGAAAUGGAGUAAACAAACCAAUGUUUUUGUUUGGGCUGCUCCAGCUCAUUGGAUCCCCAUACUGAAGGCACAGGUUACUUUGGAGGGCAACCACAGAUCCAUGCCAAUUUUGGGUCUUGGUAGGAUAACCGACUAGACUUGUAUCACACUCAAUGACCCUGGAAUCACUCUUCUUAUAUUUCUUUUGGCUCUGAUUGGGCUCCUCUACUUCCCUGGCUCAUCUUUUACCUUCAUACUAGUCUCGCUAUUUAACGCGUUGAUCAUGAUUGCUGUGCAAAGUCACCUUUGAUGGCCGUGGUAUCAAACUGGAUGUUUGAUCCGCCUCAUAAGGGCUUCAGUCAAUAUCCUUGAUGGAGACAUACAUAUCUUGGACCGUGUCUCUGCAACAUUAUUGAAUAUCAGAACCAUCAUCAACUUCCAUCAUGGACUUGAAGCUUAAGCCAACUUACGUGUCCACGGCGGAUAUGGUUUAUCCGGAAAUUGUUGCUCCGAUGCCACGACAGAGCCGUGCCUACAUGCCUGAAUUUCGGGGCUCAUUGGAGGCUAAUCAAUGGACCGCGACGAGAUGCCACCGCUUACUUCGGCCGCUGAUAUCUCGCAUAGCAGCUUUACAAAGGGAGCUGGCCUGGCCUUCUCGUGAGGCGACGGAGUGCAAGGCCCGUGGCUUAACCGGUGCCGAGAGCACUCUCUUCCGAGCAUCAGAACCGCGGGGGGAUCUCGGAAGGGCCAAAUCAAAAUUCACAUACUCGUCCAAGGCUUCAAAGCAACACCCGACACAGUCCAGAAAAGUCAAGAAGGCGCCAGCAGCCUGCUCAUCCUCAAAAGCCGCGAGCAGCGAGGCCUUUGCUUGUUCAGAAACAGCUAUGCCUACACCAGUCGCGCGCAAGAUACGGAGUCACCAGUUGUCUUCACCAGUGGCAUUGCCUUCAUGGCCGGAGCCCAUCGCCAAGAGGGGUAGGCCACGGUCAACGCAGGCUUCCUCCAAGGGAAGAAUUUCUACCUCAACGCGAUCUAAUGCAAAUGCUGAACUGGCAAAGCUACGACCUAAGAUGUCAGAAACUGCCUACAACAUAUUGGACUCGAUAAAUCGGUCUUUUGAGGCUAUAUUAUGGGCCACGGCAGAGCCAGCGGACUAUUCUGCGUCCAGAAAGUCCCUGUUCAGCAUGUGUUUACGGAAGUUGCCUGCUUACAUCUCUGGGCGACAGCAAUGGGAAAAGGAGGAUGCCGAGGCCCGGGGCGAGAAAGCCGCAUUCAACCCUUCCGAGGUCUCGUUUGGCAUCUACAGCGAACUGGAGGACCUCGGCGUCUGUGGCGGCUACAGGCAUCUCAGAACCGUGGCAAGAGCGCACGCCGUACAAAUUAUGAUGGGUGCCAUCCGCGAUGGCUUGCUGGACGUGGAGUUUGUUGGCAUCAUUGUCUCUGUGUGCAUGUACUGCAACGCUGACGCAGAGGCUGAUCUAAUCAUGGCAUCUGUCACGGAUGUCAAGUACCCGAAACCAUCUGCGCAGUUUACCAACUUUGGGGAGGACAGCGCUAUGGGACCGAUGAAGCUCUUGGUUGAAUAUGGCAAUGAUGCCAAGAGAGAGCGGGUAGCCCUUCGAGCUGUCUCUAGGCUUCUACAAAACGAAAGGUUACCCCACGAAUGGAUCUUGUCAAAUUGCUGGAAACCCAUCUGGUCGAUGGCAGUUCGUGUGUUAUGCCGCAAGACGGCAUGUGAAUGGGCCAUCACUUUGGCAACUACGACAUUGAGCAUUCUUUGUCAGAACAUUAGCCGAAAGCCCAUGGGGACGGGCGCCUCCUGGGCAAAAAAGAUGGCAGUUGAGCUCGCAGACCAGUCACAGAAAGCCCUAGUUGCCGCAAUAUCACCACUAGCAACAAUAUUAGUCAUUGGAAAGGAAGCAGUCUCUUUAGAGUUCAACUCUACCACCCAACAUAGGAUAUCCGCUGUCCGAGAACGGACCAGAGUCAUUUUACAUUGCUGCAUUGCUGGCUUGAAGACGAAACGGGGCAGCAAGCAAAGGAGUUGCGUUUUCUUGCUACUGUUGGCGCUAUACCUCUGCGAGUAUGGCGACCCAGAUGAGGAAGAACAACCUGGCGCUGAGAGAGCUGUGUUCCAGCUCCGACAGCUGUGGCAAGAGCCCAGAACCAGCCAAGAGACGGCAACGCAUUAUGAUAUGGCCGUUGCACUCGUUGGCUCCAUUGCUCAGUGCUGCGGCAGGGGCUCAACGACACCAGCAUCAAAAUAUCUGAGCCAGCUUUGCAGUCGAGUGCAGGAACUCGAAUUUGAUGGCGGGAUAUUCCAGUCACUGGAAGCAGAUGUUGCCUUCUACCUGGCGGCGAGGACAAACGACAUGCGCGACCUCGCGUUCGCCGAGACACUGGACUCGUUGCGAAGUUCUGAGACGACCAAUGAGACUCAUCAAGGGACGGAAACGACGAAACAAACCGACUCAGCAUUACCGUCCAAUAUGUUCACUGGGUAUCGCUGGGAAGAAGGUAUAAGUGAAUGGGUUAUUGCUAGCCCGCCAACGGCUCCACGGAGGUCGGCCUCUCCGUCAUCGACACGCCAGGUUCGCAUUAGUGGUACAGCGACCCAUGAGCCUGACAGUGAACAAGGAAACCGAAAAGCACGACCAAAAAGCAUCGAGCGAGUCGUGGUCAAGCAGAAGGUUUCGCGGCCCGUCACAACUGCCGCCCCGGUCAUCCCAGCCCGAGCAAUUAUGGCAGAUGGACCACCAAGGAAGGCCAUGUCAGGAACAAUUAGGGCGGACACACCGAAGCGUGGCUAUGUGGCUAGACGAUUACGUUCCAUGUCAGCCACAGGCAGUAAAAUAGGUACCAAGCCUGAGCAAGGGUACGCACUCAGAGCGAAAACCUCCGCCCAGGAUCCGCCUGUGUCACUAUCACGAAGCAGCAGUCGGGGCAUCAAUUACCCGCAACCGGCCACUAUCGACGAUUACGAGAACCCGGCAAAGCGACGGAGGACGACAACUGGCCUACCUUUGCGGGAAAAUGCCGAUCGACUGAACACGCGGCAACAGGAACGGCGUGAAGCGAGCGACUCUAGAUGUGGUUCUGCGGACCGAAAGCGGCGCAGGUGGACAUGUGGCCCCAUAGAGCCGAGUAGCGAGGACGAGCUAUGUCUGUAACACCGUCU